GUUUUAAACGUUGAGGACCCAGAUGACAACAGAACAGGGGCAGGUGCAGGAUGGAGAAAUAAAUGGUAUUUAUCGAUGAACUGAAUACCUUAUAUGAGGAACCUACAAUGAACAAAAAGAAACAUGGGAGCCUAAAUACUAUUUAGGUGUGAUUGAAACAUUUAAAAAAAUGAUGAGUAUAAUCCACUGAAUGAAUGGUGCUGAGUGGGGAACCAGGCUAAAGAGACCAUUGAAUAUACAAAAACAUGAACGAUUACAAGUAUAACGUGACACAAAAAGAUUGAGAUAGAAAUAGAAAGCACAGAAAUAACCAAAAAUACAAAACUCUGACAAAAGCACUCAUGACAAAAUUGAACCUCUUUCUUUUUUUGGUCCCCACCUACAGGAGAUGAGAGCCCGCAAUGAGCUCAUUGUUAGAAAAUACAUUUGGUUGAGUAUGUUUCCUUCUGUAAAAAGCAGAACCUGUAUUGUUAAACAAAUGUUAGAUACACCCCGAGUUUUCCCAGACUAAUUGACCUCCAUAACAGCAAUAAAGAGAUGUGCAGAUUUAGACCCUGCCCACAGUUACGUAGUGGGGCUGAUUGCUGGAGCUGCGAUGGACUCUGACCUACUCCACACCAGCACUUUAAGUCCUAACCUGUUUGUGCAAAGAGCAGCCAGAGACAGUCCGUCACUAACCUAGUUGUACAAUGACAGCAUGUUCAGUCCGACGCUUUGAGGAACUGGAGAACAUUGUAUGACAGAUCUUCAGACUGAUCUACUUUGAGUAUGGCUCUGCUCGUGCACCUUCUGGCUGCUGCCUUUGGCCUGGGGUCCUGGGUGGCAGUUAACGGUCUAUGGGUGGAACUUCCCCUCAUCGUCAACAGUUUACCUGAAGGAUGGGAGCUCCCCUCCUUCCUCACAGUCAUCAUCCAACUGGCCAACCUGGGACCUCUGCUGGUCACCCUCAUGCACAAACUAUGUCCGGGACGUCUUAACGAGCGUGCCGUCAUUUACUUCAUCCUCUCCAUUGGCAUCCUUUCUUGCAUCCUGCUUGUCUUCUUCUGGGAUAAAACAACAAUUGUUGCAGGGGAGCCACACAGCACAGCCUUCUUUGUCAUCACCUUCUUCCUCUCUUUUGUGGACUGCACAUCUUCGGUUACCUUCCUCCCUUUUAUGAUGCAGCUACCAGCAAAAUACAUAACCACCUUUUUUAUUGGAGAAGGGUUGAGUGGUUUCAUUCCGGGUGUAUUCGCUUUGGCGCAAGGUGUUGGCAUGACAAAGUGCGUCAACAGCUCUCAGACUUUAGGAAACUACACAGAUGAGGAAGUUUGGUCGCUACAAACAGAGUAUCUUCCACCAAACUUCUCCACAGAGGUGUUUUUCUCCUUCCUGGCAGCCAUGAUGUGCAUAAGCAUGGCUGCUUUUGUUGGACUGAACAGGAUUCCUCGGACAUUCGAGCUGUCCACAGAAAACCUUGUUCCGGACACAGUGGGUUCGGUAAGCUCUGGGUUGGAGAACCCAGGAGCAGAAACUGAUGGAGAGGGUAAGAGAAGUCAGAGGGAAGUGGAGGAGAAGAGCAGACCUCUCCUGGUUGAAUCACAUCACUCCAUGUACCACACGGCCUACAUCUACAUGCUUAUAGUCUGGAUUAAUGCUGUGACUAACGGACUGCUGCCCUCAGUCCAGACGUAUUCCUGCAUGCCGUAUGGGAAACUUGCCUAUCACCUUUCUGCAGCUCUGGCCUCAGUUGCCAACCCUGUGGCGUGCACAAUUGCAAUGUUCUUUCAAAACAGGUCUCUGAUAUUUCUUGGCAUACUGACCAUGUUGGGGACAGGCUUUGGCAGCUAUAACAUGGCUAUGGCAGCUAUGAGUCCUUGUCCUUUGCUUCGUGGGUCCGCAGUGGGAGAGGCGAUCAUUGUCCUUUCAUGGCUCAUGUUUACUGGGACGCUGUCCUACGUUAAAGUGAUGGUGGGUGUUAUCCUGAGAGAUCGGAGCCACAGUGCCCUGGUCUGGUGUGGAGCUGCAGCCCAGAUGGGCUCCCUGGUCGGCUCCGUCACCAUGUUCCCGCUGGUUAACGUUUACCGGCUCUUCAAGUCAGGAGACUUUUGCAACACUCAGUGUCCUUCAUGACAGUCGGUCUGAAAGACUCCAGACUCUCUGCUUUGGGAUGUUUGUUUAUUUGAUUAGUUUCCAGCAGUGAAAUAAAAACAAAUGGAUGUCC